GAUUAGGAUUCCGUCCAUGGCCCAAUGAUACGGACAGCAAGAGUACUCUGAUCUGGUACCGUGGCAAGGAGAAGCUGAGCUACAAGUUUUGGACAGAUACUUUGGAGAGCUUCCUAGAUGUUUACAGGAGGCCAGGUCUGACGCCGGGGAGGGGACAGAACAUCUACAACUGCGACUAUGAUCGACCGCCGGGACGCGGUCAGGUGUGCGACGUCGACGUCAAGAACUGGUUUCCCUGCACCUCUGAGAACAAUUUCAACUACCAUCAAUCGAGCCCUUGUGUUUUUCUCAAACUGAACAAGAUAAUUGGUUGGCAACCGGAGUACUACAAUGAGACUGAAGGCUUUCCAGAUAAUAUGCCAGGUGACCUCAAACGACACAUUGCCCAACAGAAGAGUAUCAACAAGCUGUUUAUGCAAACAAUCUGGAUAACUUGCGAAGGAGAGGGUCCUCUAGACAAGGAGAAUGCAGGGGAGAUCCAGUACAUCCCUAGACAGGGAUUUCCGGGCUACUUCUACCCUUACACUAAUGCCGAGGGCUACCUGAGUCCCUUGGUAGCCAUUCACUUCAAGAGGCCUAAAACGGGUGUAAUAAUCAACAUUGAGUGCAAGGCUUGGGCGAAGAACAUCUAUCACGAUCGCAAGGAGGGCAUCGGCAUAACUCACUUCGAGAUUCUUGUCGACUGACAAUCAAUCAAAGGCUGCUAACCGCCAUUUAAAACUUGAACCAAUCACAGAUGAUAGCUGCCAAUCACAACCGUCGGUUAUGAUAACUAAUUUCUGAAUUCUGAUUUCUCAUUAAAUGGUAAACUGAUAA